AUGCUGUUCCUGGUGGGCGUCUUUGGUUUUAUCCUCGGCGUGUCGGCUGUGGUAAGUUUUUUGGGCGGAUUUGAAAAAUUAUCGAAAUUUUAAAAACUUUUGCAUAACUUUGUGUCGAAAAACUUGCAAUUUUAGACCUACAAAGGGGUGCAGAUCCCCGACAUUGGCAAUGGAAUCGUCGAUCGGAGCUAUAGAUUCGAAAACUUUCCUGCACUCAUCAAAAGCGAGCAAAAUUUCAACGAAUUUUGCCAGAAUUUGCCAAAAAUUUUCAAUCAAAUGAGCAGAGCUGAUGCCCAAAAAUAUGUCAUCAAAUUCUGCGCGCUUCACGGAGAAGCCGACGCUUGCAACACGUAUUUUGCGGACGAAGCAAAGAAGCAAAAGGAAGUGGAGGCUACAGUUGAAUACUACGAGAACUUCUUCAAUUAUACGGAUGAUUUGAGGAGGAAUAUGGAGGAGAUUCAAGUGAGUUUGGAGGGGAUUCAAAUAGAAAUAUCUCAAAUACGGCAGAAGCGAUUUUUAUGAAAUUUUGAGUGCUUGAAGACAAUGGCUCCGUGAGGCUAUUGCCGGAUUUGGAGAUCGCGUUAUGCAGAAGUAACCGCGUUAUGGAGGGAAAUAUAAAAAUAGGUGACAAAUAAGGCUUUUCAAUGCAACGCAGAGAUUUGUUUUAUAUUUGGCACAUACGUCGGGCAUAGGCCACUUAUCAAUCUCUAAAAGUAUUAGUUUACACUUUGCAAGCACAGCCGAGGUUUUCAACAAUCUUGCCGGUCGAGAGAUGAUGCGAAACGUGGAGAGUUAUCAGAGAGAAAAACACUUUUUUUGGCCCUUUCUUUACUGGUUUCGCUUGGACAAAAAUGAUUUUUUUGUGGACACAUUACACACUUUAUUAUAAAAAUAAGGAUGAAACUUUUCGUGUCAAAAUUUGCAAACAUAUUUCUUUCAAAAAAUGAUCUUUCAGCGAAUCCGCAGAGACCAAUGCAUCUCGAUUGCCGAGGAAUGUUAUAUCACGCAAGGCCUCAAAUACACUCUCAGCUCCGACGAGCGUCACAAAAUGCACUUGACCUUCGAGAACUGCAAACAAAGACUCCCGUUGAAGCCAAACUUUGCCCAGAAGACCUGUUAUGAUGUGCCCGACAACCAAGUCGCGAAACUCCCCACAUUCCAGCAACUAACUUCGUAG